GCAACCUUAUUAUCGCACAAUCCUCACUCUCGUGUCAAGCGACCGGCAGAGGCUGGGCUAUCUACCUUUACAUUGUCGUCAGCUUUGAGCAGUGGUAUCUCAGAGCUAGGGAAGGAAGGCAGAAGCAUUCCCCGCUCUCGAACUCUCCCUCUGACUCUGAUGGCGACAGGAGGCGCUACAGUUAAGGCAGUGGCUCUUAUUGCUGGCGACCCCAAUGUCAAGGGUUCGCUUCACUUCUUCCAGGACGCUACUGGGGCUACCCAUGUCACAGGGAGGAUCGCAGGCCUCUCCCCUGGUCUACAUGGAUUCCAUAUUCAUGCCUUGGGCGAUACCACCAAUGGCUGCAUCUCAACCGGUCCUCAUUUCAAUCCACUUAAAAGGAACCACGGCGCCCGUACUGAUGAGGAUAGGCACGCCGGCGACCUCGGCAACAUAUUCGCCGGUCAGGAUGGAGUGGCUGAAGUUCGUUUGAAGGACAUGCAGAUUCCGCUUACGGGACCGCAUUCGAUACUCGGAAGAGCCGUUGUUGUUCACGCUUAUCCUGAUGAUCUUGGCAGAGGUGGACAUGAACUUAGCAAGACAACUGGGAAUUCUGGUGCCAGAGUCGGCUGUGGAGUUAUUGGGCUUCAGUCAGCAGUCUAGUCAUGUCUUCAUGCCCCUGAGCCCAGCUCUUCCAAUAAAUCUCUCUCUCUCUCUCUCUCUCUCUCUCUUUCUUUCUGGAAAAUGCUUACUCGUGACAACUCUCUCUCUCUCUCUCUUUGUGGAAAAAGCUUAUUCGUGCCAAUCUAAAUGAUAAUGAUGUAAAAUUAGAAUAAAAUGGCCAAUUCCACAAAGCUUAGCCGGCCCACACUUGAAAAUUUAUACAAGGAAUCACGCAUGUCCUGUGUCUCUCGAACAACUUCCUUUCUUCGCGAGUGAUGCCUGUGGAAACUGCUUGCUGACCGUGUAAAAAAGGCGGCUUGUGUUGCUUCAGCAGUUUUAGUUUUAUCCAAAUAAAUAAAGACUAGCCAAUUUUAUGAGGUCAA